GGAAACUAAAACGUUAAUACUUCCAACACCUAGCACAAUCAGUAAAAUCUAUAGCGAGUUGGGAACAUCUGAGGCGAAAAUAGAUCUGGACGUGAAACUUCUCAAAGAAUGGAUGAGAAAACAGCCUCACCUUCCGAACCCAGACGAUGAUGGAAAGAUAAUUGAUGAAAAGCGAAUCAAAAUGUUUUUGAUCAUGUGCAAGAAUAGUUUGGAGAGAACCAAAGUAAAGUUGGACCAGCAUUACACUGUAAAACUCUCAAUACCAGAAUACUACUCUACGUGGGAUCCGUGUUUACCCGAGAUAGUUCAAUCGAUGAAACUGUCUGUUUUCGUACCAUUGCCAAGGCCUACACACGAAGGCCACAGGGUAUGCCUCUAUUGUGUUCGGACGAAGGAUGACGAUAAAUUUGUAUGUAAUGAUUUUAUGAAAUUAUGCCAGAUGUCUUUUGAUCUUCGAUUAGCUAAGUUAGACACAUUUAAGAAGGAUAUAUACAUAUUUGAUUCGAACAAUUUUUCAAUGAAUUACGUGACUGCAAUUUUACGCAAUAUCAAGAAAAUCGUUGAAAGUUCAUUUAUGGCUUACCCAAUGCAGCUACAUGAAAUUCACGUAAUUAAUACAAAAAGUUUCAUACAACCAUUAAUAAACGUAACAUUAAGUCUUCUGAAACAUAAAAUUUCAGGAAGGGUGUUAAUUCACAAAUCCAUUGAAGAACUGAAAAACUACAUCGAUCCUAGUGUUCUUCCAUUUAACUACGGAGGAACUUUUUCAAAAACAUCUGAGGAAAUAAUAGGUUGUGUGUAAAUUGCCAGUGCUUCAAUAGCAAUGGAAACUAAAACGUUAAUACUUCCAACACCUAGCACAAUCAGUAAAAUCUAUAGCGAGUUGGGAACAUCUGAGGCGAAAAUAGAUCUGGACGUGAAACUUCUCAAAGAAUGGAUGAGAAAACAGCCUCACCUUCCGAACCCAGACGAUGAUGGAAAGAUAAUUGAUGAAAAGCGAAUCAAAAUGUUUUUGAUCAUGUGCAAGAAUAGUUUGGAGAGAACCAAAGUAAAGUUGGACCAGCAUUACACUGUAAAACUCUCAAUACCAGAAUACUACUCUACGUGGGAUCCGUGUUUACCCGAGAUAGUUCAAUCGAUGAAACUGUCUGUUUUCGUACCAUUGCCAAGGCCUACACACGAAGGCCACAGGGUAUGCCUCUAUUGUGUUCGGACGAAAGAUGACGAUAAAUUUGUAUGUAAUGAUUUUAUGAAAUUAUGCCUGAUGACUUUUGAUCUUCGAUUAGCUAAGUUAGACACAUUUAAGAAGGAUAUAUACAUAUUUGAUUCGAACAAUUUUUCAAUGAAUUACGUGACUGCAAUUUUACGCAAUAUCAAGAAACUCGUUGAAAGUUCAUUUAUGGCUUACCCAAUGCAGCUACAUGAAAUUCACGUAAUUAAUACAAAAAGUUUCAUACAACCAUUAAUAAACGUAACAUUAAGUCUUCUGAAACAUAAAAUUUCAGGAAGGGUGUUAAUUCACAAAUCCAUUGAAGAACUGAAAAAUUACAUCGAUCCUAGUGUUCUUCCAUUAAACUACGGAGGAACUUUUUCAAAAACAUCUGAGGAAAUAAUAGACGAAUGGCAUAAUGAGUUGAUAAGACACCGAGAAUGGCUUAUAACCCAAACGUCGAUUGUUGCAGAUAAUAGUAAACGCCCGAAAAAUUCCAACGACAACUCGGAUAGUAUUGAAAACAUAAUCGAAGGUUCGUUUAGGAAAUUAGAUGUCGAUUAGUAAUGAAUCAAAGAUACAGUUUGCUAAUUCGCCAAGAAAUCUGGCAAUAUUGUGCACGUAUUUUGCAUAAUAUUCUAUUAGUUCCACGACAACAUUAUUUUAAAGUCGUUUACUUGAAUUUAACAUUACUAAACGAUAAAUAUUUUUUGAAUUAUAUUUAUCUUAAUACUCAUGUCUAAUUUUAUAUGGUCAUAGUUUUUAAGUAAAAAUGUUUUGUGGUGUAAGAUGAAAUUAAUUAUUGGUAUUGUAAUUUCAAAUUUUGGAAACAAUGUUAACAAUAGCUACUUUUUUGUAAUAAAACAAAUGGAGGUGUAUGUUACAUGUUAUGGUAUGUUCACCACCAUUUGUUAUAAUUGGUUUUCUAUUCGACGAGAAAAGUAUUUAAGCGUUAUGAGGUGAAAUUGUUACUUGGUGUUGUUAUUUAAAUUUAAGAAUAAAUGUUUUUUCCUUGUAAUAAA